AUGACGGUAGCUCACGAUCUGGCCCACAGGGGCUCUGCGCCCAUUCACACCUCGUCCAAUAUGGCUCUGGAGGACCGCUUCGAAGUCUUGAAGGAAAUAGGAGAUGGCAGCUUCGGUAGCGUGGUGUUGGCUCGAGUCCGCAGCGCAGGAGCCAGUGUUGCCCGGAGAGGCACUGUCAUUGCCAUCAAGACCAUGAAAAAGACCUUUGAGUCUUUUGGUCCAUGUCUUGAGCUUAGAGAAGUGGUGUUUUUGCGAACCUUACCACCUCAUGUUCACUUGGUCCCGGCCCUGGACAUAUUCCUGGAUCCUUUCAGCAAGAAGCUGCAUAUUGCCAUGGAAUAUAUGGAGGGUAAUCUGUAUCAACUGAUGAAGGCUCGGGAUCACAAACCACUCGACAACGCCAGCGUGAAGAGUGUUCUAUUCCAAAUCAUGCAAGGAUUGGAACACAUACACGCUCACCACUUCUUUCACCGCGAUAUCAAACCAGAAAAUAUUCUAGUUUCGACCUCGGCGCACCAAGACUCGAUUAACUCUUUCAGACGGUACUCGGCCCUCGUGACGCCUCCCUCGACCCCCCCGAGCUACACAGUUAAGAUUGCGGAUUUCGGUCUUGCUCGCGAAACCCACUCGAAACUGCCAUACACAACAUAUGUAUCCACACGAUGGUACCGUGCACCAGAAGUCCUGCUGCGGGCAGGAGAGUACUCUGCACCCGUAGAUAUUUGGGCUGUUGGCGCCAUGGCUGUCGAAGUGGCAACCCUGAAGCCGCUGUUCCCGGGUGGUAACGAAGUUGAUCAAGUUUGGAGAGUGUGUGAGAUCAUGGGAAGUCCAGGUAAUUGGUAUAACAAGGCUGGCUCUCGUGUCGGUGGAGGAGACUGGAGAGAGGGUACCAGGCUGGCAGGCAAGCUUGGAUUCUCAUUCCCCAAAAUGGCUCCUCAUGCCAUGGAUACCAUUUUGCAAACCCCGCAAUGGCCAUCGUCGCUUGCUCACUUUGUUACCUGGUGUCUGAUGUGGGAUCCAAAGAACCGUCCUACAUCAACGCAGGCACUGGCUCAUGAAUACUUCACCGAUGCUGUUGACCCUCUCAGGCCGAGGUCAUCUGCUUCCCGGAUUUUGGGCAGGAAACCAUCAGAAAUUGGACGAAAUGCGAAGGACUCAUCCCCCGGACCUACCUCGUCGAAGCCUUCCUGGUUCCGGAAAUCGCUCAUCGGGCGUACCGAUAGCACGGAAACCGUUACUGUUCAGGCCGUAACUGCUAAGGACCCUGUCGCUGCACAUCCCUCGCCUCCGACGGUGAGUGAGAUUCCUGCCGCCAAAGUACGUCCACCAAAUGGCAAGCGAACGACGUGGACAAAUGGACCGUCCAAUGUUGCCCCGAUCCAUAUCCUUCCCACCAUCAAGCCCAUUUCUCCAAUGUCGGAUACCGUUCAUGCCCAGGCAUCGAACAGAACGCCUUCAUAUAACGACUCAUACGCUAACGGCAAUGUCCGAAAGGUGUCGAUGGAGGAGAAGGCGGCCAAGAAGAUUGGACGACAGCUUUCAGUGGCAUCAAGCACCAACAACUACGCUGAGAUCCAUCGUCAGCAAGCCGAACGAGCAUUGAAUGGCAACUCCGGUCUGGUUUCCCCGCCGAGCGCACACAAGGAGAGUUUCUUUUCGCAUUUACGGAAGCGGGCAAGACGUUUUUCAGGAAGGCACCAAACUCCAGUAUCCCCAGCGUACGAUGAUAUCGAGGCCCAAGCUGGCUGCGGUCCCUGGGCAAGCAACAGAUCGUCAAUGGUGAUUGACCAGCAGCCCGGCCCCGUUCCCACGAAAAUCGAAAACUACGAUUCCAGCCUCGAGACAUCGCAACCUCCGAUUCCUCCCACUCACCUGGCUACGCCGGCGGGCAACCUGAAGCGACACCAUUCUCUGCCACACCACCAACCUCGGUCUGUUGACAACCUCAUUGGUGCUGCGAGGAGUGUUGGGCCUGUCUCGAGCCGGACAAGGAGAGCACAGGUGCCCCAUGGCGUACAACAGUAUGAUGCACCGGCAGAAGAGGACGAGCUGCUGGACGAAGUGUUGAACUCGACACAGCAUGCCAUGAAGCGCAUGGAAGGCGAUGGGAAGCCUGGGCUGCAUCAAUCAACCAGCAAUCUUGCCUUAUCGAACCCGUACCCUACCCCUUCGCCAUCCGCCAGCGGCAACCAAGUUCUCUUUGGUGACUCGCAUGAGGUGGUGACGCCGAAGCCUCUUGAUCUCAAGAAGACGGUUCACGAUGCUCAGAAGUGGCCGACGCCACCCUAUGAGGAGAGUGAAUGGGCAAGCUCGGCAGCUGCUAGUAUUUGGGCAGCCGGCAACAGGUUCUAA